CUUUUUUUAAUAAUAGUUAUUAUUUUGCGCGAUACAAGUUUGACAUUACAAAAUAAAAUAAAAUAAAACCGGCGUUUACUAAGACUUGUUGGUCUCAUAGAAAAAAGGGAAAAAUAUAGUUCUAGUUUCAAAAAUUGAGAGCUACAUGAUCUGAAACCCAGAUCGAGGAAAAGGAACCAUGUCUUCUCUGAUCUCUUUCAUCUUCCUUUUCCUUUUCUCAUCCAUCACAGCUUCUGCUCAAAAUACUUUCUACCUAUAUCAUAAUUGUUCAGUCACGACGACUUUCUCAAGUAACAGCACUUACUCCACCAAUCUCAAAACCCUUUUGUCCUCUCUCUCUUCCCUUAACGCUUCUUCUUACUCCACCGGAUUCCAAACCGCCACGGCGGGACAGGCCCCCGACAGGGUCACCGGACUUUUCCUCUGCCGCGUCGACGUCUCGUCGGAAGUUUGCCGUAGCUGCGUCACCUUUGCCGUAAACGAAACGUUGACUCGGUGUCCAAAAGAUAAAGAAGGCGUGUUCUAUUACGAGCAGUGUCUGCUCAGAUACUCUAACAGGAAUAUAGUAGCCACUCUAAACACCGAUGGAGGAAUGUUCAUGCAGAGCGCUAGGAAUCCUCUAUCAGUCAAACAAGAUCAGUUCAGAGAUUUGGUCUUGACCCCCAUGAACUUAGCCGCCGUUGAAGCCGCCAGGAGUUUCAAAAAAUGGGCUGUGAGAAAAAUUGAUUUAAAUGCAUCCCAGAGUUUGUACGGAAUGGUUCGGUGCACUCCUGAUCUUAGGGAACAAGACUGCUUAGACUGUCUGAAAAUAGGCAUCAAUCAAGUAACCUAUGACAAAAUUGGGGGAAGGAUUCUUCUGCCGAGCUGUGCUUCAAGAUACGAUAAUUACGCGUUUUACAACGAAUCUAAUGUUGGAACACCUCAAGAUUCAUCACCACGUCCUGGAAAAGGUGGAAACUCCUCUGUCAUAAUUAUUGCAGUUGUUGUUCCAAUCACUGUACUUUUUCUUCUAUUAGUAGCUGUUUUUAGUGUCAGGGCUAAAAAUAAGAGGACGCUUAAUGAGAAGGAACCAGUAGCUGAAGAUGGGAAUGAUAUUACGACUGCAGGAUCACUUCAGUUUGAUUUUAAGGCAAUUGAGGCAGCAACGAAUUGCUUUUUGCCAAUUAACAAGCUAGGUCAAGGUGGUUUCGGCGAAGUUUACAAGGGUACAUUGAGUAGUGGACUACAAGUUGCGGUGAAGAGACUAUCGAAGACAUCAGGACAAGGUGAAAAAGAGUUUGAAAACGAAGUUGUUGUUGUUGCAAAGCUCCAACAUAGAAAUUUGGUAAAGCUGCUUGGUUAUUGUUUGGAAGGAGAAGAAAAAAUACUUGUCUACGAGUUUGUGCCCAACAAGAGCCUUGAUCACUUCCUCUUUGACUCUACGAUGAAAAUGAAGCUAGACUGGACAAGAAGGUACAAGAUCAUAGGAGGAAUUGCUAGAGGAAUUCUUUAUCUUCAUCAAGAUUCACGACUCACAAUUAUACAUCGAGACCUCAAAGCAGGGAACAUCCUCUUGGAUGAUGAUAUGAAUCCUAAAAUUGCAGAUUUUGGAAUGGCGAGAAUAUUUGGGAUGGACCAAACAGAAGCCAUGACAAGAAGAGUAGUUGGAACUUAUGGAUACAUGUCUCCCGAGUAUGCGAUGUACGGCCAAUUCUCCAUGAAAUCAGAUGUGUACAGUUUUGGCGUCUUAGUACUUGAGAUUAUAAGCGGCAUGAAGAAUAGUAGUCUCUAUCAAAUGGAUGAAAGUGUUGGCAACUUGGUUACAUAUACUUGGAGACUAUGGAGCAAUGGGUCGCCAUCAGAGCUUGUAGAUCCGUCAUUUGGAGAUAAUUAUCAAACAAGCGAAAUUACUAGGUGCAUCCAUAUCGCUUUACUAUGUGUUCAGGAAGAUGCUGAAGAUCGUCCAACCAUGUCAUCGAUAGUUCAAAUGCUCACUACUAGCUUGAUCGCUCUCGCUGAGCCUAGACCACCUGGAUUUUUCUUCCGAAGCAAGCAGGAACAAGCAGGUCCAUCUAUUGAUUCAUCUACGCAUUGUUCAGUCGACGAAGCUUCCAUUACUCGUGUAACUCCUCGUUGAAGACAAAACUAUUCGUUAAUCUAAACAUUUGUGAUAUAUGAUUUUAGACUAUUAAGAUCGACAGUGAACAAAAAUUCAUGUAAGUUAAACUGGUUUUAUUGUUUAUUUUCUUUAUAAAUUCUUUAAUUAACAAGUAUUCAUUUCAGUGGUCAAAGCAUCAACAAUAGAACAACAACUGAACAAGGAAUAUGAGCUAGAAAAGUCACUGGAGGACGAUUAAGAAUCUUGACGGUCGUCCUCAAACUACUCAUCCAAGAAGCGAUCUACACCCAUCUAUAAAAUAGUGAUUCUUUAAACUUCCCUUGAGAUCUCGUUUGUUACUUGUUUGAUUUCGUACAUCAAUAAUGAUCAAGCUAGAUUUGAUUUUUCUCCACAAAUAAGAAGCACAUUGAGUUAAAUUUUAUGUUGUAAACUUAAAAUGCUAUUUUUCAGUUCUGUAAGAAUUUCUUUGGGAGAAGCUUCAAUUAUAACGUAAAGACAAGACUAUUUUUGAACUUUGAAGU